AUGGCCACGCGGCGGCUCCUGGCGGUGGUGCUUGGACGCUGUGUCCCCACCAGCCGCGCGGUGACCGCGCUGUCCCAGGGCUGCGUCCGGCGCCGUUUUGCCACCAGCUCCCGUCCAUGCGCCAAAUUCUACACGGACCCUGUGGAUAUGGUGAAGGACAUCUCCGAUGGGGCCACCAUCAUGGUCGGGGGCUUCGGGCUGUGCGGCAUCCCCGAGAACCUGAUCGGGGCGUUGCUGCAGACCGGCGUGAAGGACCUGAAGGUGGUGAGCAGCAACGUGGGCGUGGACGACUUCGGCCUGGGCCUCUUGAUGGCCACCAAGCAGAUCCGCCGCAUCGUCUGCUCCUACGUGGGCGAGAACAGGCUGUGCGAGGAGCAGUACCUGGCCGGCGAGCUGGAGCUGGAGCUGACGCCGCAGGGCACCCUGGCCGAGCGCAUCCGGGCGGGGGGUGCCGGGGUGCCCGCCUUCUACACACCCACGGGGUACGGGACCCUGGUGCAGGAGGGGGGCUCCCCCAUCAGGUACUACCCCGACGGCCACCUGGCCAUCAUGAGCCAGCCGCGGGAGGUGCGUGAGAUCGGAGGCCAGCACUACCUGCUGGAGCACGCCAUCAGGGCGGACUUCGCCCUGGUCAAAGGCUGGAAGGCCGACCGCAUGGGCAACGUGAUCUUCAGGGGGAGUGCCAGGAAUUUCAACGUGCCCAUGUGCAAAGCUGCAAAUAUCACAGCCGUGGAGGUGGAAGAGAUAGUGGAUGUGGGGACUUUCCCCCCGGAGGACAUCCACGUUCCUAGCAUUUAUGUAGAUCGCGUGAUAAAGGGGGGAAAUUUUGAGAAAAGAAUUGAGCGUUUAAGGUUCCAGGAGGAAGAAAGAGAAGCCCAAGUGGAGGAAGGCUCGAGGACGCGCAUCAUCAAACGGGCAGCCCUGGAGUUCCAGGACGGCAUGUACGCCAACCUGGGCAUCGGGAUCCCGCUGCUGGCCAGCAACUUCAUCAGCCCCAGCAUGACCGUCCAUCUUCACAGUGAGAACGGCAUCCUGGGCCUGGGCCCAUUCCCACCCAAAGACAAGGUGGACCCAGAUCUCAUCAACGCGGGCAAGGAGACAGUCUCGGUGAUUCCAGGGGCCUCCUUUUUCGCCAGCGACGACUCCUUUGCCAUGAUCCGAGGGGGCCACCUCCACCUCACCAUGCUCGGGGCGAUGCAGGUUUCCAAGUACGGCGACCUGGCCAACUGGAUGAUUCCCGGCAAGAAGGUGAAAGGCAUGGGCGGCGCCAUGGAUCUGGUGUCCAGUGUCAAGACCAGAGUGGUGGUCACCAUGGAGCACUGCACCAAGGACAGCUCCCCCAAAAUCAUGGAUAGGUGCACGCUGCCGCUGACCGGGAAGCGCUGUGUGGACCGCGUCAUCACCGAGAAGGCGGUGUUUGACGUGCACAAGAAGAAGGGGCUGACGCUGAUCGAGCUCUGGGAAGGCUUGACUGUGGACGACAUUAAAAAGAGCACAGGGUGCAGCUUUGCCGUGUGCCCCAACCUCAGGCCCAUGCAGCAGGUGGAGCCCUGAUGUGGGAGGCAGCCCGUGGGCACUGAGCCUGUGCUUCUCAGGUCAGCCUGGCAGGGCCUCCUCAGAGGACGUGGGUCAUGGCAGGAAAUCAUCUCACUGGCACUUGGACAGGCUCACCUCUGGGCUCUCAGACUUUCCUGCUAGACAGAUGGGAUUCUCUCUAGAGGGCUGUGAUUUUAAUAAA